AUGGCUUCAUACUCACAAUAUUUGACAAAGGAACAAGAAGAUGAGCUGAGAAAAAUCGCUCACGCUAUUGUCGCACCAGGCAAGGGUAUCCUGGCUGCUGAUGAGAGCACAGGCAUCAUGGACAAGAAACUCAAACCAAUCGGUCUUGAGAAUGUCGAAGAGAAUCGUCGUCUUUACCGUCAGAUUCUGUUCACGUCCUCUGACGAAGCAUCCAAGUACAUCUCUGGCGUGAUCAUGUUCCACGAGACGUUCUAUCAAAAGACCGACGAUGGAACCCCAUUCGUUCAGGUACUCCAAAAGAAGGGAAUCAUCCCCGGUAUCAAGGUUGAUAUGGGUGUUGUACCGAUGGCUGGAACUGUCGGUGAGGGAACCACUCAAGGUCUUGACAAUCUGAAUGCACGAUGUGCUCAGUACAAGAAGGACGGUGCACAAUUUGCGAAAUGGCGUUGUGUGCAUAAGAUCAGUGCUACCACACCAAGUCAUAUGGCACUCGUCGAGAUCGCUGAAGUGUUGGCUCGUUAUGCGUCGAUCUGUCAACAGAACGGAUUGGUUCCAAUCGUAGAGCCAGAAACACUUCCAGAUGGAGAGCACGACCUCGCUAGAUGCCAAAAGAUCACCGAAGCUGUUUUGGCGUACACCUACAAGGCUUUGAGUGAUCAUCAUGUCUAUCUGGAGGGAACGUUGCUUAAGCCAAAUAUGUGCUUACCAGGUAUGCAAUACAAGGGUCCUAAAGUAUCGCAUGAGGAUAUCGCACGUGCAACGGUAACGUGUUUGCAACGUACCGUACCCGUUGCGGUUCCCGGUGUUGUGUUCUUGUCGGGUGGACAGUCUGAGGAGGAUGCGACCGCAAAUCUGAAUGCUAUCAACCAAUAUAAGGGAACGAAACCAUGGGCGCUAACGUUCAGUUACGGUCGUGCACUGCAAGCAUCAGCGUUGGCCGCUUGGGGCGGAAAGAAGGAGAACAUCGACAAGGCCAAAGCCGCGUUCAUGAAACGAGCUCAGGCCAACAGUCUGGCGGCUCAAGGCAAAUACACGGGCACUGACGCUGAUGCGGCUGCAGCACAGAGUCUAUACAUUGCAAAUCAUGCUUAUUGA